AAGUUGCUCGGAAGUGAAUACCGGAAGUGUAACUCUCUCUGGUUGCUCCACUUCCACAGCUCGCGACAACAAGGCAACGCACAUGUGUCACCGGCGUUAGAGACAGAGAGACCUUCUUUUUCCCUACUAAAAGUGUUAUAUUUUGCGGUGUGAGGAUUUUCGGACGUCGUUAUGGGGAAGAAGAAAGCAGGAGGAGGAGGAGCUGGACUCGGCAGAGCACUAGUGAAGGAGAGACUACAGGCGAGCAAGGGGAAGAAGAAGAAGGGAGACUCCUGGCUACACACCAGUGAACUGAACGAUGGAUACGACUGGGGUCGGUUGAACCUGCAGUCGGUGACAGAGCAGAACUCCAUGGAUGACUUCCUCGCCACAGCCGAGCUGGCAGGGACGGAGUUUGUUGCAGAGAAACUCAACAUAAAGUUUGUCCCAGCCGAAGCCAGGGCAGGCCUGCUGACAGCUGAGGAGAAAAGCAGGUUGAAGGAGCUGCACGAAGAAAACAAGCAUUUCCUCAGGAUUCCUCGGCGUCCUCACUGGGAUGAAAGCACGACUCCAGAUUCACUUCAGCAGGCAGAGAAAGACAGCUUCCUGCAGUGGAGACGAGAACUUGCAGAACUGGAGGAGGAACAGAAGUUAAUUCUAACGCCGUUUGAGAGGAACCUUGAAUUCUGGAGACAGCUGUGGAGAGUUAUCGAGAGAAGUGACGUCGUCGUUCAGAUCGUCGAUGCCAGGAAUCCUCUGCUGUUCAGAUGUGCUGACCUGGAGGCCUACGUGAAAGAGGUGUCGCCAAAUAAGGUGAACAUGCUCCUGGUGAACAAGGCAGACCUUCUGACCCGGGAGCAGAGGAAGGUCUGGGCCAAGUAUUUUCAGAAGGAGGGUCUUAGAGCUGUGUUCUGGUCUGCCCUGGCUGAGAGUAACAGGCUAGAUGCAGAAGAAAAGGGCAUGGAAGUCGAUGAUCCGGAAAGCGCAGAGAGUGACCCAGAAGCAGGGGGAUCCCCACACAGUGCAGACAACCAAAAUGAGUUAGGAGAAGAAAAAGUGGAGGAAAAUCAGGAAGGAGAAGAGAGUAGCGUUGAAGAGGAUGAGCAGGACAACAUAAGCGUCGAUGAAGAGGACUGGCAGACGUGCUCAGAGGAGGAGGAGGAAGCUGAAGGAGGGAAUGCCAGCUCUUCUGGCGAAUCCUUCCACAACUCCAGCCGACUUCUGCACAAGGACGAGCUGUUGGCCGUGUUUAAAGCUGCACACAAUGGGCCCAGGUGUAAAGAAGAGCAACUCACAGUAGGACUGGUUGGGUAUCCGAACGUGGGAAAGAGCUCCACCAUCAACACUAUUUUAAGGAACAAGAAGGUGUCGGUUUCAGCCACACCCGGACACACUAAACACUUUCAGACUCUGUAUGUGGAGCCAGGGCUGUGUCUGUGUGACUGCCCCGGUCUGGUCAUGCCCUCGUUCGUUUCUACCAAAGCUGAGAUGAUCUGCUCCGGGAUUCUGCCCAUCGACCAGAUGAGGGAUCAUGUGCCCGCAGCGUCCCUCAUAUGCCAGACAAUCCCUCGGCAUGUGUUAGAAGGGACGUACGGCAUCAACAUCAUCAGACCACGAGAAGAUGAAGACCCCGACAGGCCCCCCACCUCGGAGGAGCUGCUGAGAGCGUAUGGAUAUAUGAGAGGUUUUAUGACGUCCCACGGUCAGCCUGAUCAGCCAAGAUCAGCUCGCUACAUCCUCAAGGAUUAUGUCAAUGGCAAGCUCCUGUACUGCCAUCCUCCUCCACACAUUAACCCUGAAGACUUUCAGCCUCAGCACAGCAAAUUCCAGAAAAGGGAGUUGGACAGCUCGGACCUCUCUGCUGUAACAAACGGACCACAGAAAAUCAAGAGAAUUGAAAAUGUUGUCGACAAAACCUUUUUCCAUCAGGAUAAUGUCCGGGCACUCACCAAAGGAGUUAAGUCCGUCAUGGGCUACAAACCGGGCAGCGGACCCGUCGGCCCAGAAUGCUCCGAGUCCGAGACGACGGAAGGCAAGCCCUGGAAAAAACACGGCAACAGAAACAAGAAGGAGAAACUGCGGCGGAUCACAAAACAUCUGGAUGGUUGAUGAGGAUUCUCUGAACUCUUUUGAAACCAUAUCAUUUCAGAUUAAGUGAAAUAAUGUAGAAGAGCCGUUCGUAUCUCAUUCCAAAGGACCCUGAUGUUGGCGGACAGAUGCCUCCUGGUUCUGUGAAUACGGAGAAGUGUUGAUCUUUGCCGCUACAUGCUCUGAUAUGAAGGUUGUAAUGGUUGAAAUCAUUCUAUCAUGUGGUUUGUUUGUUGGAGCUGAAGCACCAAGCGUUCAGAGUGAUUUUGUAAUUUAAAAAAAAAGCAAAUUACUGGUAAAGCACAUCAAAGUCUUUAUUAAAAGGUUAUGAACUGCUGACUUUUCUCCCUGUAGGGAUGAUUUAUGUCCCCAGAUGUAGCUCAAAAACAUUUCUGUCAGUUAUUUGCAACCUAACAUCAUCUUUAAUAUCUUGUUUAAUUUUCUUAAUGUUUUGCCAUGAAGAGAAGUAUUCAUUAAAGUAUAAAAAAGAUUUGUUUGAUGCAAGUCUUGCAUCAGACAUUGAUAUGAAAUAAAUAAGAUGCUUAAACCCCGGCUAUAAACCGUU